UUAAAUAUUCUUUAACCAAUUUUGGGAUAAAUUUUUCCAUCCGUGAUCUCAUAGUUUCAGUUUUUCCUUUGAAGGGGAUCAAAGCAGGAAAGGCUCUCUGCUUCUGCCUCUCACCUGCCGUUCAAAAUGAUCAAUUUGCUUAAGAAGCCUUACAAGAAAAAAGCAAGCAAAUUCCAGCCUUUUAAGAAGUUUUUUGGUAGGAGGAAAAAACGGGAGGCGACCCCAGACCAAGAGGACACCAAGCUGAAACCAAGCAGUUCCUUUGGAAAUGUCUGCAAUGGACUGUCUUCUGAUGAAGAGACAAACAGCGGUCUGAGGUCUUCCAAUCAUAGUAUGGGAACACGGGCCUUUUCCCAUGAGAGUAUUUUUAUACCUGAUGGGCGAACAGAGAGUGAAGAGUCUCUUCAAGCAAUGUCACAAGAAAACAUCCUAGGCAAAGUCAAAACCCUUCAGCAACAGUUGGCCAAGAAUAUUAAAUUUGGCCAACCUUCACAAGUGACUGUUUCAGUGAAGACAGUUGGGGAAGCAAACGCUAGUUUGGAAGCAGAUGUGUUACUCAGUAGCCCCAUGGAGACGGCUGCACAGCAGGACGUGGUCCUUCCAGAGAGCAAUAAUAAAUCAGGUGGCACACCCGAUUCAUUAAGCCCAGCAAGUUUGCGUGGAACAAGGCAGGAAGUGGAAGAUAAGGUUACACCGGUCAAAUCAUCAUCGCGGCCGAAAAGGCAUCACUCACCUUCUGGCACAAUUGAAACGGUCAACCUCGAUGCAAUUCCCCUGGCAAUUGCCCGCCUGGACAACAGUGCAGCAAAGCACAAACUCUCUGUUAAGCCAAAGAAUCAGAGGGUUUCCAAAAAGCACAGAAGGUUAUCACAGGAGAUGCAAAGUGUGGCAGUGGCAGAGGUUGAACAAGAAAUCCUAGAACCACAAUUGUAUGAAGAUAAGCUCUCCAAACAUGAUGGCUACCAUGUUGCAGACAAGCCUAUCCAGCAUAGGGAAAGCCAAGAACAGAAAGAGGGCAAAAGAAAGCUAGAACAUUGCUGGAGAAACUUGGAGACUGAGAAGAAAGUAGAAAUGGCUGAAGCAGAGUCAAAAAGCCACACGGAACACAAAAGACUUCAAGAAUGCCAAAGGGAAAAAGAAGGGAAGAAACAGAAGCUUCAGGAGGAAGAGCAGCUUUUGAAGAUGGAAGAGAGAAAGGGUCAAGAGGGGAAGAAAAGUCUUGAAAAACGGAGGCAUCAAGAAUUUCAGAUGCAGAGGCACAAAGGACUAGAGGAGCAGAGAAGGAAUGAAGAGGGCCUUCAGGAACCAGAGGAACAAAUGCAACAGGAGAAAGGAAAGCAGCAUGAACUAAAGGAACAAAAGCAAAGGCAACUAGAAGAGCAAAGGCAUCAGGAACUGGAGGCACAAAGGCAACUGGAAGAGCAAAGACAUCAGGAACUGGAAGAGCAAAGGGAACUGGAAGAGCAAAGGCAGCAGGAACUGGAGGCGCAAAGGCAACUGGAAGAGCAAAGGGAACUGGAAGAGCAAAGGCAUCAGGAACUGGAAGCUCAAAGGCAACUGGAAGAGCAACGGCAUCAGGAACUGAAGGCACAAAGGCAACUGGAAGAGCAAAGGCAUCAGGAACUGAAGGCACAAAGGCAACUGGAAGAGCAAAGGCAUCAGGAACUAAAGGCACAAAGGCAACUGGAAGAGCAAAGGCAUCAGGAACUGAAGGCACAAAGGCAACUGGAAGAGCAAAGGCAUCAGGAACUGGAGGCGCAAAGGCAACUGGAAGAGCAAAGGCAUCAGGAACUGGAGGCGCAAAGGCAACUGGAAGAGCAAAGGCAUCAGGAACUGGAGGCGCAAAGGCAACUGGAAGAGCAAAGGCAUCAGGAACUGGAGGCACAAAGGCAACUGGAAGAGCAAAGACACCGAGAAAUGGAGGUGCAAAGGCAACUGGAAGAGCAAAAGUGGCAAGAACUGGCGAUUGAAAGGCAAAGGCAAGAGGAAGAGCAAAGACAUCAAGAACUGGAAGAGCAAAAAUGGCAGGAACAGAAGGAUCAAGAAGAAGCAGAAGAAAAGAGACAAAGAGAAUUAGAUGCAAAGCAACAACAUAAAAAGCUCUUUCAGCAAGGGUGGAAAGACAGGCAAGAACAGGGGACGCAAAAAUGGCAGGAAGAAAAACAAGGGCAUCAGAAUUUAGGACAGAGAGCACAAGGACUGGAAGAGCAAAUGAAUGAGGCUGAAAAGCAGGAUGAAGUGAAACAGGAAGUACUUCAAGUGCAAAAAAGGCAAACAGACCUGAGACAAAAAGAUCUAGAGGGAAAAAGGAAUCUAGAAGGUGAAGAAAGGUUGGAAAGGAAGGGAAGUGCCAUAAAGCUGGGAAAGCAAAAGAGACCAGAAGAACUACCACAGAAUCUAAAGGAGAAAAUGAAUAAGGACAAACAAGAUCAGCAAGAACUGGAUAAACCAAUUAGAUCAGCAGCAGAAGACAGAAGAUGUGAACCACAGUCAUGGCCUGAGAAGAGGAUGCAACAGGAAGAGUUGAUAGAGAGGGAAGGAGACGGAAAGCUGGAAGAACAGAAAUCCCCUAGUUUAGAAGGACAAAGACCACUGGAAAAGCCAAAAGAACAAGACAAAUCCUUCCCGUUGCAACUGGACAAAAAUAUUCAUUUGGGAGAGCAACAUUUGGAAAGCCCCAAGAAAGAUCUUCCACUUAAAGAAGCUAGCCAGCAAACAUUAAAGCAGCCAGACAAAGAGCAGAAGGAAGAAGAAACUCUAAGGCACCACCAGAAAAGGGACAUUGAAGCUCAAGAGCAGGAAAGAAUCUUAGGCGAGGAGCUCCGAUGGCAAGAAGUUGACGCGAGGCAAACUAUGCCCAGGGGAUUUACCUUCCAAGUAUCCUCUGGAGAAAAGCAAAUUAUAUUUCCGAAAGUAAAUCUGAGCCCAGUUACGCCUGUCAAAGAGGCACCAACUCCUUCAGCUGCAAAAGAAUUGACAACUCCUAAAUCCAGCAAAAGUUCUCACGGUCCCCCGACUUCUUUGUGCGUCCCCCACACAGCAAUUUUGGUCACCGGAGCGCAGCUCUGUGGAACUGCGGUCAACCUCAAUCAGAUAAAAGAUACGGCUUGCAAAUCUCUCCUUGGCUUAACAGAAGAGAGAAAAACGAUGGACGCACGGAAAACGUCACCAGAUGCGAAGCGUAGGAAUAGUAAAAUGAAAUAUGCCCAAGAGCCAUUGGGCAACCAAACCAUCCCAGCUGAGUGGGCUUCUAUUAGGUCAAAAAUCUUAAAAAGUGCAGAAAAUGGCCAGCGCAAUGAGAGAGACAAAGGAAGCCUCAGUAGGCAUAGCGAUGAUUGGACACCCAAAGGACAAAACGCUUCCCAUGGUAAUUUGCGCAAGACCUUAUCUGCAAGUGCAAAGUUUUCUAUAACUCCUGCCUGGCAGAAGUUUUCGGCUAAUACAAGCGCCGAGAGUAAAGUUGGCCUUGAAGCAGAAACCCCAGCCAAGCAGUUGGGUCCACCCACGGUCCAUUCAACCCAAGAGACAGUUCAUACCGAGGCACUGUCAUCUGCAGGGAAUCAUCUUGGAACACCUACAGGAAAUACUGAAAUACAUCGCGAAGUGGCAGGCAAUACCGAGGGUUGUAAAUUUGCCAAAGAUCUCCCAUCUUUCCUUGUUCCAGGCGCCUCACAUUCUCUAAGUAAGGAAGUUGCCCAGUCGGAAAGUGCUGCAGCUGCUAUGGAAACACAGCAGAAGGUGGGUACAAGGAAACUGGACAGCGCUUCCCCAAAUGGAGAAGAAAAUGUGUCUCCAUUUGGGGUGAAAUUAAGGAGGACCAACUACUCCUUGCGCUUUCACUAUGAUCAGCAAGCUGAGCAGAAGAAGAAGAAAAGGUACAGCGCAGGGGACAGUUUUGACGGGGUGCCCACCCCGCUGGUUACGCCUGACAAUGAGAAAGAUACAAAUAAUAUCUUUUUAAAAGAGAACAAAUCCCCAAGCCAAGAGAGAAAGGAUGCCAUGGUUAAUUCUGGGAAGAACUCCUCAGCUAAUAUUAAUCAGAAUUAUACGGCAGCCGCACCGGUAUCUCUCCCAGCUAGCAGUCACGUGUCUUCACCUAGUCAAGAGAAACCCAUCUGCAAAUCGCCACUCCUGCAAAAACCUGCAUUGGCUCCAAAGCCCACCAGCCAAACUCCGCCAUCAUCCCCUCUCUCAAAAAUGCGCAGGUCUCACUUAACCGAAUCCACGGGGCAAAGGGUGGCUAAAACGGAGCCUGACACCACCUGGAGAAAAAUGGAAGCUAAAGGGAGCUCUCUGCUUUCACAAGCCCACGAGGCAAGCAAGGGGGAAGAGGAGGAGUCUAGGGAGAAGAGGUCCUUUUUCCCAUCCAUCACCAUGCCAUGGAGAGAGAGAACAGAGAAGAAGCCAGAGCCGUUGAAAAAAGAAAGGCCAGUUCUUCAGAGCAGACAUUCCAUAGAUGGCUCCAAGCUGAUUGAAAAAGUUGAAACCGCACAGCCGCUCUGGAUCACGUUGGCUCUGCAAAAGCAGAAGGGCUUUCGAGAGCAGCAGGCGACCAGAGAGGAAAGGAGACAAGCCAGGGAGGCAAAGCAAGCUGAGAAACUUGCUAAAGAAAAUGCCAGUAUCAGCAAUCAGACAGAUACUAAAAGCAGCAGCAGCAGCAGCAGAACUAGUACAUUGCCUAGACCCGCGGCCCAGGCAGAGAAGAAAGCUGAGACUCCCCUCUCAAGGUUUGAACGCAGAGAACAGCUUAAAAAAUCCAACACUCUUCCUACAUCUGUGACAGUGGAGAUCUCAGAUUCUCUUCCACCGUCACCCUUGACUAAAGAAGUCACUAAGAGAUUCUCCACGCCAGAAGCGAAUCCGGUGUCGACAGAACCUGCCUGGCUGGCCUUAGCCAAGAGGAAAGCAAAAGCCUGGAGUGACUGUCCCCAAAUCAUUAAGUAAACGAUACUGGUUUUGCUCUUUUUCUGUUGUUUAUUAAUUGCUCUCUCCUCUUUAUUUAUAUUUUCACGUGACAGAACCAACUGGGACAAACAUAAGUGCAUAUCCUGAAGGAUGAAGAACAUUUUUAACAGUUUUACCCAUUUUUCCUAGCUCACUGCAGAUUUCACCUACAUUUUAGAAUCUUUUGCAUCGAAAAUCUAGGGACUGUGGAAUAGAGGUUUAGGCACAAAGCUCAAGUUUCAUCUCUCUUGAAAGCAUAUGGAUGUUAUGUGUUAGGGGUUCAUAUCACUUUAUGGAUCAGUGCCGAAAUGUUCCUGAAUUUUGGCUCUGAUGGUAUGGAUUUCCAUUUGUGUUUUUUUUAUAUGUUCCUGCAAAGCAGAUAUUCCAGCCAUUUAAGCUGCUAAAAUGAAUGUAAUGCACAUGUUGUUUCCACUUUUGAAUGGAGAAAGUAAUACCAUUUACUGAUAAAUUUAUAAAUCUCUACAGGAUUCUGGAAGACCUGCCUUAGUAGUAGUAAAGAGAGUAUACUAUGAUUACCUUUUCUUAAUGUUGCAAAUAAUUUAUGGAUGAAUUUAAAAUAAUUAAGUUCAGCUUGUGACUGAUGAAAGCACCGAUACGCCCAGUCCUACCAUAGAGUUUGCAAUAUAGUAGCGUCUCUCAGUUUGGAGCUAUUAAUGGAGUUAGCUCUCCUGUAAUGAGAACCCAUUAAGACGUUUUCACAAAUUCAGUAUUUUGUUUUAAAAAGCUUAAUUGUGACAAAAAUUGCCUUUAUCAGCUGCUUCUAACUGGAAAUAUAUAUAAAUAAUUGACAUGCUGAAACAGGGUGGCAUCAAAUAUGCAUUUUCCUACAAUGAUUUUACAAACCAUGCAGAAGCUCUCAUGCAAAAUCCAUGACAAUAUUUUCACUGCCGUUGUGUGCAGAAGUAAGCUAUACUGGUAAAACAUGGUAAUAAGCUAUACACCUCCAUCUUUCAGUGAUUGGUCGCAAGGCACAGAUAAAAAUAGGAUUAAAAGCACAUGUGAAGGCAGAACGACCACAAACACUAAUCUUUCAAAUUAUACAUAAUUUAAAUAUUAUACAAAAACCCACUUAGCCAUGUACUGUAACUAUCCCUAUGCCUAAAUGAUUGCAUAUUAGGAACCCAAAAUAUUAACAAAAGGAGACACGAUUCCAGCUUUGUGAAAAUGGGGGAUUUUUGAACUGCAGGAACUAGACUGUUUGGACUUCAUUCUUACGGACCUUAGAUUGCAUAUUCUCAGGAAAAUAAUUGUUUUCUGUACUUAAUUAGCACUUUGAUUUUCAACAUCUGUGCCGGCAUAUCUGCAUGUUACGCUGGCAGAACAUGACUUCAGCACUUUUGUUAAUGGCAUGUUUUAAAAAUAUGUAGUUACUGUUAGAUACGCAGUACAGGAAGUCGUAGAACAGACUUCAGAUUGUAAAUCUGGCUAAAGAACAUUGCAGGGAUAAGUGUAAUUUAUUUGCAUGUAAGUCUUAUUCCCCUUUAAAUCUUUUUAUCUCUAAAAUGUGGAGGAAACAGUGAUGUGUUUUUAUGGUUACUUUUAAAAUUGCUUCAAAUUCAAGGAUCACCAAAUAGGUCUACAAGGUAUGGAAUUCAGAUUGUUCCAGUAGAUACGAACUGGUUUAAACAGAACUUCAGUUUGCCUGGUUUGUGGAUUCUACAGCAAAUGGGGUCUUCUAACUAUUCCACCUAGAACUAGUUAUAUUUUUAAAGCCCUUUUUGUUUAUAAGAGGCAAAGGUGCAUUUUGAUUAAUUAAUGGCUAAUUCAACAGGAUCCCUCAUAGUACCACAUUUGUUUUGCCAGAAUAAUGGAAGAACUCAAUAAUUAAUCCAAGGAACAUUUUGAGAACCAGCAGUUCUGCUCCAAAGUACAUUUUUAAGGCAGCAGAUGCUGUUAAUGAAUAGGCAUCCUACAGAGGAAACAAAAGGUCAGUUGUGUUUCUGUAAAACUGCAAGCACAAAGGGGUUUUGGCAGUUAUGUAGCUGCUAUACGAAUCGAUGUCCAUGUGGUUAUUGGGCUAUCAGUGUUGUUUUUGGUUUCAUAUUUAAAUUCAAACCAUAAGCGUUCCUAAAUAACCCAUCAAUUUCAGGAUUAUUACAAGUGUUUAAGGCAAAAGCAGCCUUUAGGAUUUCGUGGGAAUCAAGUUCAUAAAAGAGCCAGUUACUUGAAGAAUUGAAAACAGCUCAUAUGCUUCCACUUAAGCGGCAAAGAUUUCAACCAAUAUAACAGGUAUGUUGAGGCUUUUUGUUUAACCCAUGGCACAAAUACCUACGUAAUACAAGCACAGAUUGGGCUCCUUCUGGCCAGCAGGGACAUGAUGGGGAAAGUCUGUUUGUGGAUGUCCAUCUCAUGCAAAACUUACUGGUGACCCUCCUUUAUUUUAGAGAGAGGUAACCUGCUGACACCAGGAAGAGCUCCUGCUGAAUGUUGGUAUAAGUAGCACAUAGUACAGUCUGUAUACAAAGAAAGUACAGGCCUGCCUUGAUUGGUGCAGAAGCCUCUUGCUGGUGGCAAAAAAUGGUUUUUUAAAGCACGCUUAAUCUAAUAGUGCUUAAACCUGGAAUUGCAUAAACUGCAAUUACAACUUUGUUUCCUCAAAUCCAUUUCCAAGAAUUUUUGGGAAUAGGAGAGAAGGAAAGGGGAAUGUGGGGGUUGAAAACUGGAGAGUUGGGUGGGAUGAAAAAUAAUUUUAGGGGGAAAGGUGCUACUUGCAUGAUAAAAGGGGGGGAAAGACCUACCAAAUAAUUCUAGACACACUGUUAGCAUAGAGCGUAUAGUGAGUAAAUAGUUCAAAAGCUUCAGAAGCAAAGUGUUUUCAAGCAUGAGGGGGUCUAGUGUACGAAAAUAGUAUUCAGAGGCUCUGAUCCAGAGAACCAAGGAAACCAGAAGGCUGUGUAUCUCCUGCUGCUGUUAAAAUGUUCAACAGGAAUACCAUCAGCAUUGAUAGCCCUGAGCAUACUGUAGGCAGUAAGGGACACCUGGACUUAAGUUGGGAGGAACCCACUUUCCCUUCAGUCUACGUUACACAUGAUCAGGGUAUCAGACGACGUAUUGGUUACACUGCAAGGUGUGCUGCCCCUGCAGAUAUUUCCCCAGUCAUUUGAUGGGGGAGGGGGGUGUCCAAAGCAGCACUCUGUUGCAUUUAUAGGAAGGGGAAACCCAUUUCCAUUCAUGAAUCAGUAUCUGGAUCAGAGUUGGGGGUAUGUACAAUAUUGGUUUGGAAACCUUUUUAGAAGCCUAUAUUUUCCACAUUUUCAUUUCAUGUAAAAGUCAACUUGAAAAUUUUGCACUAAAUACCAAUGAAGUGUUACUUUGCUUAAGCUCUGUCACAGCCUUUCUACUGAACAAACAUGACAUUUAUUCAAAACACUUAAAAAACUGAUCUGACCACUAUGUAGAAUAUGGUCUCAACUUUUGGUGGCGGUGGAGUAACUUAUAUACAAAAGACUUAAGCUAUAGGAAGUUAAUCAUAUCCAAGUUCUGUUGAAAUUAAUAGGGCUUAAGCCAGUUAUGAAAACUAUGUUGUAUUGAUUUCAACAGGAGUUGGGCAUCACUAACGUUUGGGAACAAAAUAUUAUUUCUGAGGUUACAGAUGCUUAACCUCUGUUGUUCAUAUAGUGGUGUAUAAAAUUAUGAACAAAUGUACAAUUGUGGGGUUUUGUUUUGUGUACUUUUUUAAUUUUUCAAAUGUUUUAAAGUGCAAUUGUUUCUUAUACUAAUGUCAUUUUAAUUCCUAUUAAAUUAUAAUCUGCUGAAAGUUAUCAGAAGAUGUACGUAUUCAUUGUCUUUUUGUUACAAAUGUCAGGUUUAUCUUCUAAGAAAAGCCUGAAUUGCUAUAGGUAUCUAAUUAUGUGUUUUUACCAACAAUAAAACCUAAGUAAAAUUAUCUAUGACUACGGGAUAUAUUAGUGCAAUUUCUCUUUUUGGUUUUUGAUCGUCAAAUUUUAAUGUAAAUGGUUAAUCACGGAAAAUUUGUUCUAUUUCAAUAAAAAAAGACAAGUGUUUA